CGCUGGCCCUUUAACAGCCCCUUCCCGAGGGCCUGCCCCGCGCGUGCGCACUGCGGUUCUGCGCUUGUCAUCAUGGCGACGCGGGGCCAUGUGCAGGACCCUAACGACAGGCGCCUCCGGCCCAUUUACGAUUAUCUUGAUAAUGGUAAUAAUAAAAUGGCAAUUCAGCAAGCAGAUAAAUUGUUGAAGAAACAUAAGGAUCUUCAUUGUGCUAAGGUUUUAAAGGCAAUUGGUUUACAGAGAACUGGAAAGCAAGAGGAAGCCUUCAUGUUAGCACAGGAGGUGGCGGCCCUUGAACCAACAGAUGACAACUCGCUACAGGCACUGACUAUUCUUUACCGGGAGAUGCACCGACCGGAGUUAGUUACAAAACUCUAUGAGGCAGCUGUGAAGAAAGUUCCCAAUAGUGAGGAGUAUCACUCUCACCUCUUCAUGGCUUAUGCCAGAGUGGGCGAAUAUAAGAAAAUGCAACAGGCUGGCAUGGCUCUAUAUAAGAUUGUCCCCAAAAACCCUUACUACUUUUGGUCUGUGAUGAGCUUAAUUAUGCAAUCUAUAUCGGCACAGGAUGAAAACCUCUCAAAAACGAUGUUUCUGCCCCUCGCUGAAAGAAUGGUAGAAAAAAUGGUGAAAGAGGACAAGAUAGAAGCCGAGGCCGAAGUUGAACUUUAUUAUAUGAUCUUGGAACGUUUGGGAAAGUACCAGGAAGCCUUGGAUGUUAUCAGAGGAAAAUUAGGAGAGAAGUUGACAAGUGAGAUUCAAAGUCGGGAAAAUAAAUGCAUGGCUAUGUAUAAGAAGCUGAGCAGGUGGCCAGAGUGCAAUGCCCUUUCCAGGCGCCUCUUAUUGAAAAACUCAGAUGACUGGCAGUUCUAUCUGACUUAUUUCGAUUCUGUCUUUCGACUGAUUGAAGACGCCUGGACUCCUCCUGCUGAAGGUGAACACUCUUUAGAAGGAGAAGUGCAUUGUUCUGCAGAAGAAGCUGUGAAGUUUAUAGAAGAUCGGAUAACAGAAGAAUCUAAAAGUUCCCGCCAUCUCCGAGGACCACAUCUUGCUAAACUGGAACUGAUUAGACGUUUAAGAUGCCAAGGUUUUAAUGAUGAGUACAAACUGGGUGAUCCAGAAGAAUUAAUGUUCCAGUAUUUCAAAAAGUUUGGGGAUAAACCUUGUUGUUUUACAGACCUCAAGGUGUUUGUUGACCUCUUGCCUGCUACACAGUGUACAAAAUUCAUUAAUCAGUUACUUGGAGUUGUUCCUUUGUCGACACCAACUGAGGAUAAGCUGGCAUUGCCCGCGGACAUCAGAGCUCUGCAGCAGCAUCUGUGUGUGGUGCAGCUGACGAGGUUGCUCGGCUUGUACCACACUAUGGAUAAAAGUCAGAAACUGAGUGUGGUCAGAGAACUCAUGUUAAGGUACCAGCAUGGACUAGAAUUUGGGAAAUCCUGUUUGAAAACCGAAUUGCAGUUUUCAGACUAUUACUGUCUCCUUGCUGUCCAUGUGCUUAUUGAUAUAUGGAGAGAAACAGGUGACCAGACUUCUGUGUGGCAGGCCCUGACUUUGCUGGAAGAGGGAUUAACCCACAGCCCUUCCAAUGCUCAAUUCAAAUUGCUGCUUGUUCGAAUCUACUGUGUGCUGGGGGCAUUUGAACCAGUGGUGGAUCUGUACUCCAGCCUCGAUGCUAAGCAUAUCCAGCAUGACACCAUUGGCUAUCUUCUGACCCGAUAUGCCGGAUCCCUAGGUCAGUAUGCUGCCGCAGCCCAGUCCUGCAACUUCGCACUCAGGUUUUUCCACUCCAACCAGAAAGAUACCUCAGAAUAUAUUAUUCAAGCUUACAAAUAUGGUGCAUUUGAGAAGAUCCCAGAGUUUAUCGCUUUUAGGAACAGGCUGAAUAAUUCUCUUCAUUUUGCACAAGUCCGUACUGAACGGAUGUUAUUAGACCUUCUACUUGAAGCAAAUAUAUCAACCAGUUUAGCAGAAAGUAUAAAGUCAAUGAAUCUUCGGCCAGAAGAAGAUGACAUUCCGUGGGAAGCCUUGCGAGACAACAGAGACUUAAAUGUUUUCUUUAGCUGGGAUCCAAAAGACAGGGAUGUUUCUGAAGAACAUAAGAAACUUUCCUUGGAGGAGGAGACCAUGUGGUUAAGAAUCCGUUCCUUAACAUUGAGGCUGAUCAGUGGACUUCCAAGUCUAAACCACCCCGUGGAGCCAAGGAACUCGGAAAAGACCACUGAGAAUGGUGUGUCCUCCCGGAUUGAUAUUCUUCGUUUACUCCUUCAACAGCUGGAGGUGGCCAUGGAGACGGGAAAGCGAUUUAUUGAGAAGGAAGUUCAGUAUCCUUUCCUUGGUCCUGUACCUACCAGAAUGGCUGGAUUCUUUAGUUCUGGCUGUUCUCAGUGUCAGACCAGUUCUUUUUAUCUUGUUAGUGAUAUUUAUGAACUGGACACCAGUGGUUUAGAGGAUACAGUGGAGAUCCAGGAUCGAGUAGAGAAUAGUCUUAAGUCUUUACUAGAACAAUUAAAAGAUGUCUUCAGUAGAUGUAAAGGUGACCUCUUAGAAGUUAAAGAUGGUAACUUGAAAACACGCCCUGCUCUUUUAGAGAACCUAGUCUUCUUUGUUGAGACUAUUUCUAUUAUCCUUUGGGUGUCCAGUUACUGUGAGAGUGUCCUGCGACCAUACAAAUUAAAUUUACAGAAAAAGAAAAAGAAGAAAAAAGAAACCAGCAUCAUCAUGCCACCUGUCUUCACCAGUUUCCAAGACUAUGUUACUGGGCUUCAGACUUUAAUUUCCAACGUCGUGGAUCAUAUUAAAGGGCUUGAAACACAUCUAAUUGCACUUAAACUUGAAGAACUUAUUUUAGAAGAUACUUCUCUCUCACUGGAAGAGAGAAAAUUUUCAAAGACUGUGCAAGGGAAGGUACAGAGCAGUUAUCUGCACUCACUUCUGGAAAUUGGAGAGCUGCUGAAAAAAAGACUGGAGACCACGAAGAAACUAAAAAUUUAAGGAGGCGUGAACCACAGGCACCAAUGACUCUAUAGCAGAAAAUGACAUCAUCUUCCCAGGCAAAAGCUACAUCUGGUUGACCAUCAUUUUAAUCCAGAACUUCCUCAUAAAAUGCAUGAAGGACUUUGAUUGUGAAUUAAUUUUUUAGGUAUUAAAUGUAUACAACUGAUUAAAUUAUUGUAUAUAAAGAAGCAGGACCCUCAUCUGGGUUUGACCACUUUUUAUACAUGUUCAUAUGCAUAUGGCAGCCACAAGAGAGCCCCUUUUCUUCUUUCCUCCCAUCACCAGAAACAUCUGGUGGGUGGGUACAGGGGGUCCUAUAAAAGCAGCAAUAGAAAUUAAGCAUAAAGCAUUGACCUCAGAGCAGCUGAAUGGGCCUACCAUUAUCAUAGUGGAUGUUUGGUCUGGUCCUUGAGCCUUAGGAAGCAGAAAGCAGAAGUAUAGGCGGACCAUGACUGGGAGAAGGCCCUCUUUCCACAUUAGUUUAGUUUUGAGGCUUCCUUAGCUGCUUGGCUCCCACAGAACCCAAAGCAGGUACCCAAAGAGCCUCAGAUGAAAUUUGGCAUAAGCACCUGUCACUGAAGAGCACCACUCAGAUGACCACGGGCACUCAGUGUUUGGCUUCAUGGUCCAAAAGCCAAGAAAUCCCCAUCGUAGCUCCUGUGAAAGUUAAAUCACAGAUAGGCUUGUGUUAACUUACACCAUAUGGAGGGGAAAGCAGUGCAGACCACUUAUGAGCCUGCUGAGGACUAGCUUGCUGUCUUCUCCAUCUUUGGGAAAGAUGGGAAUCACUGUUUUAACGAAGAGAGGUGUACAUAAUUUAUGCAAGCAAGUCUAAUACCAAUGUCAUUGGUUUUGUGAGAUAUAUAUAUAUGUAUAUGCUUUACA